AAUUCUGCAAGUGGUUCUAAUUUACUAUCGCUGUUCUCUAGCUGGUCUAAAACUGCUUUUGACCUAAAGGGACGCUUUUUGGACGCCAUAGACAUUUCUCAGUUUCCAGGCAGAAAGAACAGUAAAAAUGCAGGCAGGGCACAGGACAAAGCACUAGGAACAAGAUGUAUGUGAAAUGGUUUGAUACAGUAAUGUUUUACUAUGUGAUACUUUUUUAACAUUGUUAAUUUCCCGUCCGGUUCCGUCCCCCGUACAUCCCAUAUAUCCCAACUCUCACACGGACCGGCACCCGGAAGACGGAUGCCGGCAUCGGCCGGAGGAGAUGGCAGGGGACACUGCAGGGGGGACAU